GUUUACCUAGCAACAGACGGCAAGGUAGCAACGGUGUUUCCCUGCUCACGCGAAUCUGGCUAAAUAAUGCAUCACGGUGUGUUAAAAAAGUAAAAAUAACAGCGUUUGUGUCUGUCGUCUGAUUGUAUAAGCGGAAGUGGGCUAAAUUAGCUCGCUGUAAAUUAGCGAACGAUAAGCAGGUCGAUCCCUCCUCGAUCCUAAGAUGUCUUUUCCAGAGUCCCCUCGUCCUUCUGAGGAAGAGGAGGCUUUCUACGUGCAGUGUCGAGCCGCGUACCUCGCUGUGUUCAAGUCUAGUUUGACCAAUAUUGCUUCGAAACAGCAGCUGUGUCGUGCUCUACAGCAGGCUGGUAGAAAUCCAGCCCAUGCAACUCUUAAUAAAUACUGGACCCCGAGAACAUCCAAACUGAACUUUGAUGACUUCUGUGAGAUUCUUAAAAAUGAGAAGAAAACUGAGGAAAGUGAGCUAAUGAGAGCCUUCAAAAAGAUGGAUUUGAACAGUGAUGGCUUCGUCUCACACAGUGAACUGGAGAAGGCCCUUACCACUAGAGGAGAGAAAAUGACCACUGAAGAGGUGAAUGCUAUUUUUUCAUUGGCUGACAUCAACAAAGACGGCAAACUGGACUAUGCAGAAUUCUGCAGAUUGCUCGUGUCUACAGUAGAGCAGUGUCAGGUGGCUGCUUUAGAGAGGCUCGAGGCAAAUGCCAAGCUGAAGAGACAGAACUUUGGCAGUCGGUCAUACAGCCCACCGAAGAGCUCAGUGUCAUCAGCAUCAUCGUCAUCAUCAGCAGCAGCAGCAGCAGCACAAGCGGCAGCGACUCUCCCUCAACCUCCAGAAACACUCCGGGCAGAAUCAGACACCACACUCAAGAAAGACAGCAGAUCAUCCUCCCGUCCUUCUUCUGCUCGCAGCAGACGGUCGUCACUGUCAAACUCAAUCACGAUGACAUCCAGCAGCUCUAAGGCCAGCAAGAUACCAGAGCCUUCAGGCUUACAGGAGUGGCAUCACAGUUAUAUGAAGGGCUGUUUCUUCUUGGAGGAUGAUGGGAGUAUCAGCUGUCUGCAGUACCAGCUCCACGUUCCCCAGACGACCAACGUCUACCUGACCAUCCGACCACUCAGCCUCAGCCACGGACCCGACAAGCCUUCUUCGUGGAUGACAGUGGACACGGCUCUUUUUGCAAUGGCAGCUGGUGAAACCAAAGAGGACUCAACUUUAGUGGGUUUCACUGAGUCAAAGGACAAAGAAAAAUAUGUUUGGAAAGGAGAACUGCAUGCUGGGACUUAUUACCUGCUUCCCUUCAGCAGUGGAUGCAAACUAAAGAAAAGGAGCAAAAAGAGCCCGUCUAAUAGACCUAUAGAGCUCGUCUACAGGACUGACUCUGGAGAACUAGACCUCACCAGAGAGCUCAGGGAGGUGCUGUCGGACAUCUUUGAGGUGAUAGACCUGGAUGGCAAUGGUUUGCUCAGCCUGGAGGAGUACAAUUUCUUUGAGCUGAGGACCAGUGGAGAGAAAUGUGACAAAGAUGCCUGGGCUGUCUGCAAAGAGAACUUUGAUAUGAGGAAGAACCAGCUGACACAGCAGGGCUUCAUGGAGCUCAACCUGAUGGAGGCCACAGAGAAAGAUGGAGACCCUGCAGACUUGUGGGUCAUCUUGGAAGCCAUGGGCUUCAACCACAUGCUGGAGCUAGUAGAUGCUUGUCCAUUCCGGAUAGAUGUACACUGUGAAGGCACUCAGCCAUCCAUCCAGCCACUCAGUAUGGACUCAGGGCCCAAGCUUCAGAACCAGGCUCUCCAGAAGUCCAUCACAGCCAGGACAGGGGCCAAAGCACUGAGAGGACAAGACAACGUCUUCAUCUACACCUACCGAGGAGAACACAGGAUCUCCUCCCUCAUAGCCAACAAGAGCAACCAGAAAGUCACCGUCCAUGUGAACAAUGAGCAGAGCAGGAACUGCUGCAGCAGCAGAGGCAUGAGCGUGUUCGCAGUCGAGGUGCCAGGAAGGACAAAGAUGGUGUGCCAACACAUUCUGCCCAUCAAUGAGAGACAGGAUUGGACCUACAACUGUGUUGAGACCAUACUGCCCUGCGCGUAAAGCCGCACUGUCAUCACUCAGCGACGCUAGUGAUGUGCACAGAGAGAUAGAGGGUCCAUAACAUAGAAACUGUUCUAUACCCACCGGCAAUUUGAAACGUGUCGUCGGACCAAAUGUGUUUUGUAGGUCCAGAAAGAGCACAGCCUGAUCCUUUCAGCUUUUAGAACUCACCUGUGGGUUUCAUAACGCCUUGUAUGUCAGACACCAGGCGCUGAGACCCUGUGGCUGCUUCUAGCCAAUCAGCAAGAGCGGUGUUCCAGAAGCUCAGUGACUCGAUGCAUCCGAGGCAUUAACCAUUGAUGGCAGCUGAGGAUGGUCACUCUGGUCAUAACAUGGAGCUGAUAAUGGUUGUUACUGCUUUUGUUGUUGUGCCUUUGACAUGCUUCAGUUAAUGAAUUCUGUUUACAAAUAUUAACACUUUAAAUGUAUAGAGUGCAUAGAUUAAGGACUAAAUUGCCAACACCACAUUUGAAUUAAUAAUUCAUCUUUUAAAUGAUGGCUAUUGUCUAAAUAAGUCUACUAUUGUUUCUGUAACAUCAAUAUACAUGUUGUAUACCAUUGAAAUUGGUUUUAUAUAGAUUGAUAUUUACCAUACUUAUAUUCUGUAAAUGUGUUGCUUAUGCAUCAUCACGCUCUUCAAUCAUAAUUAAAUGAAAGACAAUGUU